AUGUCUGCGCAGCAAGCAACACAUGCAACCCUUGAUGUGUUUUCGAAACAGAGAUGGGUUACAUUUCAAGGCAAUCCAGUUGCCGUAGUCACAAUCAACAACGAUUGCCAACUCUCCCACGACCAGAAGCAGAGGAUCGCAAAAGAGUUCAACUACACAGAAACGGUUUACUUGUAUGCGCGGGGCGAGAACCCUCGAGUGGAAAUAUUCACCCCUAUCGACGAGAUGGCAUUCGCCGGCCACCCAAUUAUCGGCACAGGCCACCUACUUUUCCAGGGAUCGGCGGCUGAUCCGGCUACGCAAGUGUCGAACUUGACGAUUACGACCAAGGCUGGGCCUGUUGCACUUGCUUACGACCGAGCAAACCUGCUUGUGCAUGCCACUGUACCACAGAACUUUCACGUUCAUCAACAAGAAGCUACUCUGGAUCAGAUCCGUGCCGUGCAGGCGGGUAUGGAUGCGGCCUCGGAUUUAUUUGCUGUGAAACACACACAUCCUGUGGUAUCCAUGGUAAGCGGGGUAACAUACGCUCUGGUGGAUCUUACGAGAAGACAUGAUAUAUUCGCCGGAAUUGUUCCUGGAGCGAGCCCUACCCUGAACCUUGACGAAGGAUGGUCGCCGUCCUUCACGGGUGUCAUGUAUUAUCGCCUACUGGAUUCGCACUUGGAAGCCGCCAGUGGUAUGAUGCAUUGGAACCUUCGUGUCCGUAUGGUUGCAAUCAAUUUGGAAGAUCCUGCUUGUGGGAGUGGGGGAUGCUCUCUGAGUUCUUACCUCGCGCUGUCAAAGGGAGAUCAAAGCCGAAAGCAUCGAUUCAACAUUAGCCAGGGCUCAGAGAUGGGGAGGGAUAGUCAAAUCGUUGUUGAUGUUUAUUUGGAUGAAGAAGGACGUCAGUUGUCUCAGUUAAGGCUUGCAGGUCAGGCAACAGUGGUUACGGAGGGCAGGAUCUUUUUGAGUUGA